UAUACUUUCCAUGAAGGAAUUGUUCAGGAUGCAUAUCAUGUGGACUUGAUGAGGAAAAAUAUGACUGAAAAGUUGUCCAGUUUAUUACCUGAUGUUAUUAAUGAGGUAACUACUGGAUUUGAGGAGUUGACAAAUAUAAGAAAUGGUAGGUGCCUUUCUUGAACUUGAUUUAAUACUAUAAGGUAAUGAAUAAUUUGACUAUAACUAAUAUUAUUAUCCUAUUUAGAAUGGACCAAUAUCAAUAUAAUGGACACAUCAAUUGACUUAAUAUCCAGGUAUUUUUAUAUCUAUUAAUUUAUUUCAAGUUUCUAGAAUAGACAGAAACUAACCUAAGACUAAAGAGUAACAAGCAGAAUUUUUGGUAUAUAAUCCUAUUAUUAUCUUGUAUUGGUAUAAGAUAUAUGCUGAUAUUUUUAGUUGGAAUGCCAAUGUGCCAAAAUAAGGACUAUCUUGAGAGUAUUAAUGAAUUCUCAAUUAAUGUUAUGAGAAGAGCAACAGUUAUAGAUACUGUUCCUUGGUUUCUAAGGUAAUACCUUUUUUUUGAACAUUGAGAAGAUCCUAUGCUAUAAACAAAAUUUAAUACUAUAUCUGAGGUUGCUAAUACAUGUUGGGAAAUUUAGGAAUAUUGUUAGCUAUUUUCUGAAAAAUAGCACUGUAGAGGAUGUUAUUAUGACACAUAUUGGGAGAGAAUUUGAGGCCCGCCAAAAGGCUAGAUGGUUUCAGUCAAGUUAUGAUAUAGUUGUAGUAAGUAUACCUGAUCUACUUCUUUCAAAUUUGAAGUAGCUUGAGAAGCAUUAUACUAAUAUGAAUUUAGUCAGAUGCAAUUCAAUGGAUCCUUGAUGCUGCACCACCAGAAACUCCAAUACUGAAGUUGGUUCAGAAGUUGAUGCUUUUCAACUUUGCAUCUAUUCAUACAUCCUCAAUAGUAAGUUUUCAUUUUCAGACUUUUCCUUACUGAUAACUUUGAGAAAUCCAAUAAUUCUAAGUAAAUUAAAUAGUCUUUAGCACAUAUUUUAUAUGAUCUUGCAGCAAAUCCAGAAUUUCAAGAUCCUGUUUGUGCAGAGAUAGAGGAGGUACUAAGAGCUGAGGGAGGUUGGACUAAGCAAGCUCUUACAAAAAUGAGGAAACUUGAUAGUAUCUUUCGUGAGUCAUUACGCAUGAAUGGUACCAACAUUGGUAUUUAAUUUACUUUCCUGAUCUAUUUAAUUAGAGGAUUACUUCUUAACAUGUUCAUACUAGUUACUCUUAUCCGCAAAGUAAUAACCCCAUAUACCUUUAUUGAUGGUACAUUUGUGUCAAAAGGAGCAUGGGUGGGUGCAGCUACAAUCAAUAUCCACUACUCACCAGAUCUCUACAAAGAUCCAGAAAAGUUUGAUGGAUUUAGAUUCUAUAAGAAGCGCCAACUGGAAGGAAAUGCACAUCAUUUCCAAAUGGCAAGUCCUACAUUAGACUACUUACCUUUUGGAUUUGGAAAGAAUUCCUGUCCUGGGAGGUUUUUUGCUUCCAAUGAACUCAAGAUUGCUGUAGCAUAUAUCUUAUGCAAUUAUCAGUUAAGACUCAAUGGGGGCACUACUGGUGAAAGACCACAAAAUAUCUAUGAUGGUCUUGUGUGCUUGCCUAAUCCAACAGUUGGGAUUGAGUUGAAGGAGAGAGAAGGGAGACAGAAGUCAAUCUUGUACCCGGGCCAUAUGGCUUCUUAUGGGAAUUAGUUCCUGGAAAGUUUGUGGGAGAUAGUCUAGUUUCUUCAAUUAUUAUUAUUUUCAUUGCUAGUCUAUAUUAUU